CUGCACUAUGGGACCCUCCUGGGCAGCAGAGCUUGUGCCCACAUGGCAGCAGCUGCCUGGGCCUCUGGGUUUCUGUAUUCUCUGCUGCACACAGCCAAUACAUUUUCCCUGCCCCUGUGCCAGGGCAAUGCCCUGGCCCAGUUCUUCUGUGAAAUCCCACACAUCCUCAGGCUCUCCUGCUCACACUCAGGCUACCUCAGGGAAAUUGGGUUCAUUGUGGUGGGUGCCUGUUUAGGGUUUGGUUGUUUCAUUUUCAAGUUUUUCUCCUAUGUGCAGAUCUUCAGGGCUGUGCUGAGGAUAUCCUCUGAGCAGGGACGGCACAAAGCCUUUUCCACGUGCCUCCCUCACCUGGCCGUGGUCUCCAUGUUCCUCAGCACUGCCAUCUUUUCAAACCUCAAGCCCCCCUCCAUCUCCUCCUCAUCCCUGGAUCUGACCCUGUCAGUUCUGUACUCAGUGGUGCCUCCAGUCAUCAGGUUCUUCUUGCAAUGA